AUGAUGGCUGUACAACCAACUCAUGAUGAGCUUGCCGCUCUGUUCUCACGGAACCUGACUUUCAAUCCUGAUUCUCGAACUGCUCAGGAUGUUCCACGGCACAUGGACCCCAUCGCGGCGCCCUCGUCGACGCAGCACAUUGUUUACUCUAUUUCGCAGCAUUACCACCAUUCAACUGCAUUGUCUCCGCCCGAGAUGCCCGAGAGACGAUCAUCAGAACCUGGACCAGGUGACAAUCUCUCUUCAGAGACCAUGCUUCGCAUCCAUGGCAUCAACCCCAACACACUGACGCCAUCACAAGUUCAGCUCUUCCGAGUUGCUGACAAGCCUCAGCAGCGACGGCUGCUUGAGCUGUGGAGCAUCUGCCCUCCUAACGGUGGCGGCGAUAUCCCAGCCCUCGCAUGGAGCAGCACAACCGUGGAACAGGAGGAGCAGCUAGCCCAGGUCCGAUAUGAGAGGCAGCAGCAGGAGCAGGAGUUGAGCCUCGACGGAACCAUGAUUCAAAAUCCAAACGGGCAAUGGCAGCAACAGCAAGACUGCGAGCCGUACAUGACUUCAGGGUACGAGGAACUCAUGCGUCGCGAGCGGGAGAAGCAACAAGCCUCCCUGGCAUACACACCCGCAACGGACCCCGUCUACAUGGGCUCGGACUAUGCUAGAGAGCAGCAGCAGAUGCAGAUGGCAUCUCAGUACGGGGCUUUUGAGCACUUCCGCGGCACAUCAAUGGACCCCAUGGAUGUUAUGUGA